CAUCUGACAAGGCAAAUACAAAUCGCCAAUACAUCGCGAGUGGUGUGUGCAGACAAAAAUAGGCAGAAGAAAGGAAGUUUGUGUCCUUUUUUUGAAGUUUGGAGUUUUGGAUUGGUUCGGUGUUUUGACGCAGUCGCAACACCAGCAACAGUAGCAGCAGCAGCAUGAAGUUGAUAGUCUGUGUGUUAAGUUUGUGUGCCCUGGCGGCCGCCCAGGAUAGCUUCAAGGAAUGCCUGGAUAAGGAUUCGAUCUCCUGUGUGCAAAUGAUGUUCUACCGCAAAGCACGCGAGUUCUUCGACCAGCCCCAGAUCAGCCUCGCCGGGGGAUUGUCCUUCGUGAAAGCCGGUGGACGCGACUCGCGCUCCUUCAACACCGACAGUGCCAUGAUCGAGUCCGCCAACAACGUGGAAACGCGCGAGGAUGCCCUGGAGAACUACGUGGUCGAGCGUACGAAGAACUUCUUGCAGGAACGUUCGUUGAAUCUGGACAUGGCUAGCGCCGCCCGCAGCCUAUCGACCGUGAUCCCCGAGGACGUCAAGUCAUCGAUGCGAGCUCUAGUCUCCGAAGCUCGUGGUAAGAAGAAGAUCAUCAAGCAGCUGCUGCCAAUUCUCGGUAUCGUCAAGCUGAAGAUGGUCGGUCUGGCCUUGGUGGCCCUGCUCGGUAUUGCACUGAUCGCCAAGAAGGCUCUGCUCGUGUCCAUCAUCGCUUUGGUCCUGUCGAAAUUCCUGUUCCUGAAGAAACUGCUAUCCAAGAAGGAUGAUUCACAGAGUACCAGCUACCACGGUGCUUCCGCCGGAUGGUCCGAGUCCAGUGGCUACGGAGAUUAUGGAUCCCACAGUCAACCAGCUCAUUCGAUCGCUUACGCCGGUCACAAGCCUGCCCGAAAGUAAACAGGCGCCAUAUUGGAAGCGGUCAGCGCUUCGAACCAGGAAAAUCCCACACACACACACACUCAUACCAACGCUCACUGCGCUUACACACAUACAUCCACACAAACUCGGACAUUACCAAGAUGCGCAAAGCGAACGAAGAUAGAGAAUGAGACAAAUUAAUUUAUUGAAAUUAUUUAUUAUCAUGUUUUUGUUCGAGCGAUUAAUUUAUUGUUAGCAUUACGAGAAUCUUUCUACUGUUGCUGAGAUUGUUUUGUUUUCGUGUUUAGGAUCUUUUUCUCUCUCGACUAAUCAAAUACUUCAUCAUCCGCAUUUGCACCGUAUUCCUGACGGGGUGCUU